AAACAAUAUUUUUUUUGGCAGAAAUUUUUAUAAUUUUUCUCUUACCUGGCUAUUACAGAGCAAUUAUAAUCCAAUUCAUAUAGUACCAUUAUCAUGGGCUUUGCCUCUUUAUGGUUAUUUAAUGCCAGUAAUUGUGGCUAUCACUUUUGCUACAAACUCAUUUAUUGUUCUCGUACUAUCUCAGAAACUCCCUCGUUCACCAACGAAUUUCGUUCUUUUGGCUAUGGCUGUCUCUGAAUUACUUACAGGAUUUUCUUGUCUUCCUUGGCUUUUAUAUUAUUAUACAUUACGUGGAUUCAGUACAGACCAGGAAAUGGGUUUGCCUCCUUUCUGGUGUUGCAUGUUUCCAUUUAUGGCUUUUAUCUUACCAUCAGUGUUUCACACUGCUGCUAUCUGGUUAACAGUAUAUCUCGCAGUACAGCGAUAUAUUUAUAUUUGCUUGCCAAAAUAUGUGGGCAAUCACUGUUCAUUAAAAAGAACCAAACAGGUUAUAUUUACAAUAUGUGUAGCAGCAGUUUUGUUUUAUGCACCAGAUACAUUUGCUAUGUAUAAUAAAUCAUUUGCAACUGUCGACAAAAAUGAUAAUUCGCUUAUUCGAUACUGUGUUCGAAUGAAGUCAUCAUUUAUUAACUUUAUCGGCAAUGAUGCUUAUCACUUCUUUAUUUAUGGUUUACAUACAGCACUUAUACAUAUAUUACCAUGUAUUUUAUUGGUUACUUUUACAUGGAAAUUAAUUCGUGCUAUAAGAUUUGCGGACGAAAGAUAUGCUACCUUAAUAUCAAAUUUAACGAGUCUUAAUGAAGAAAUUUCUCAAGAAAAUGAUCCAAUAAAUUCACCAAUGGGUGAAUUCUUAAAACCAGAGAAAGAUCAACAAAAAAAGAAAAAGGGUUCAUGCAGCAAUAGUGCACUUAUCGAAUCAAAAAGGGUCCAAGGUCUUAAGCAGACUACUCGAAUGUUAAUAGUUGUUAUUUUGUUAUUUCUGGUGACUGAAAUCCCAGCGGCAAUGAUAUUUGCGACUCAUGUCGGAACUGUUGCAUUGCGAAUUAAUGCUAUAUUAAAAUAUUAUGACGUCAUUAAUAAACUUCUUAUCAUAAGAAAUAUAUUGAUUGUGAUAUCUUAUCCUUUUCGUUUUGCGAUAUACUGUGGCAUGUCACAACAAUUUCGUGAAGCAGCGCAAAAAAUGUUUGUCGGAAAGGUUAGAGUAAACCUGCUAUUAUGUCAAAAAUCCGGGUGGUUACUAGAGACCCGCCUGUAA